UGUGGCUGCACCGACAGCAACAAAACGGACGCUUCCAAUUGGAAACGGAGAAUGAAAUUUGUCGGCGCUUUAAGUGCAAGUGCGAGUGCGAAGUGCUACGUGAAUGAAACGUGAGCGAGUCGAAAAUUAUUCGAAGCGCGUUUGUGUCGCUUCAAUUUAUAUUACGUAUACGCCGCGUGCCGUUUGCAUUUAGCCAUUCGCUAUUUGUUUGGCAAUUUAUUCGACUUGUGUCACAAGGCAUGCCAAAUAUGAAACGAAAAUGAAAAUGUAAAUGCCAAGCGAGCAAGUCGCAUAGAACACAACAAUGAGAUAAAGCAACAACAGCGAUAACAACAACAGCAAUAAUAACAACAACAACGUCAAGUCAAUGUCGAUAAGGUGGCGCACGCGGCAAACAGUUCGAAAAUAUUAACGCAAAAAAUAAAAAAAAAAAAAAACUACAGCAAAAAAAGUAGUAAAAAUUCAAUUGUUCUUUUUUUUUUGCUACGCUUCAUCUGUUUUUGUUGUUGCCUUUCACGUGAUACGUGCGGCCGCCUAAGAUAAGCAAAACGGUAAAAAAAAAGACAGAUUGUUGGACACACCGGGCGUAUGAUUGUUUUGCGGCGACACCGACGACGCUUUGCCGCGAGUGAAUGCUAAAUUCAGUAAAUUUGACAGAAUAUAUUUAUGAAUUGGAAUUUAAAAUAUACUAAUAAAAUCUAAAAUUAAAAAGGAAAUAAAUUAAACUAAUGCAAAUAGUAAACACAGAAAAGCUACCGAGGAAAGCAGAAAACCCUUGAAAAUCAAAAGUAAACACAGGAGCAAGUAAAAUAACACCGUGACGACACGCUGACAGCUGCAACGAGCUGCUGCCAUGAGAGCUGCAUCGGGUGCAGCGUUGCAGCAACAACAACAACAACACCAACAGGAAGAACAUCAAAUAUUACAAUAAUAAUAAUAGUAAAACUAGCAGAGACAGUGGCAGUCUCAGUUGCAGUGUCAGCUGCCCCAAUGAUAACAACAAUAGAGCCACAAGAGACACAACAAGCGGAAAUCAAAUUUAAAGAUGCAAAUUACAAUUUGCAUGCAAACGAAGAAGAAGACGAGCACCCAGAAAAAGAACAACAACAACAACAACAGCAAAAACAACAGCAUUAGGAGGCAAACAAUUGUAUUGCCUGCACAAUAAAAUAUUUGAUUUUUUCGUGAAUCCAGUAUACAUAUCAGUGAGCGUCAUUAAAAUGAUCAAAAAAGGCAUUUUGAUACAACGCAAAAGUCAGGAGGAUGCCAGCUACACGAAACAGCUCAAAAUGGAGCACGCCGAUCUGGUGGCCGAAAUGCAAACCGUCGAGAGUUUGCCCACACACGAGAGACUCCAGCUGGCAAGACUUCGACGAGCCCAGCAGCUGAAACUCGCCCGGCAGAAGGAGAAGGAAUGGUUGAAGCUGCAACGGGCCAAGGGGCAAACGGGUAGUGGCGGUGGCACUGUUAGCAAUCUGUUAAAUGGCAGCGGUGGCGACACCACACAUCAUUUUCGGCAUGCCAACGGAUCCAGCACAUUGAGUGGCAGACGGCACAUAUCUUUUGAGAACAGUGUGGUGCUUUUGGAGGCGGCAUCUAGGAAUGAUAUGCCAGAGGUGGCAGCACUGCUGCAACAUGGCAUCACCCCGGAUGCGGCCAAUGAGGAUGGACUGACGGCGCUGCAUCAGUGUUGCAUCGAUAACAAUGUGGACAUGCUGCGGCUGCUGCUCGACUAUGGGGCCAAUGUGGACUCGCAGGACAGUGAUAAAUGGACGCCGUUGCAUGCGGCUGCCACCUGCGGUCACUUGGAGUUGGUGCGCAUACUCAUCCGGCAUAAUGCCAAUCUGCUGGCGGUCAACACCGACGGCAAUAUGCCCUAUGAUCUGUGCGAUGACGAGAACACGCUCGACUUCAUCGAGGGCGAAAUGGCACAACGUGGCGUCACCCAGGAACUGAUCGAUGAGACACGUUCGUCCACGGAGCGUGUCAUGCUUAAGGAUCUAAUGGAGCUCACACGCACAGGUGGCGAUCUCGAGGAGCCAGAUUAUCAAGGUGCCACACCCCUGCAUAUAGCUUCUGCCAAUGGUUAUGUUCGCGUGGUGGAAUUUCUGCUGGAGCAGCAUGUCAAUGUGGAUGCCAUGGACAAGGAUCUGUGGACACCGGUGCAUGCGGCAGCAUGUUGGGGGCAUCUUGAAGUGCUGGAGAUGCUUGCGCAAUGUGGCGCCGAUUUGAAUGUGCGUAACAAGGAUGAGGAAACACCCUCGGAUAUCUGUGAGGAUCCUGAGAUACGUGAACGCAUUGAGCAGCUGAAAACGGAACAGGAGAGCAAACGACUGGCGGAGGCGCAACGACGGCGCGUUCGACGCUCCCAGAGUAACAAUACCAGAGCCCAAUCGGUGCGUCGCACCAGCCUGCGGGACAAAACGCUUACAACCAAAAAGGAUGCCGUCGAAGAGGCUCGUCUGCGUCUGCAGGCACAGGAGGCGACGGAUACGACCUCCACAUCGACAGCAACCGUUGCUGAUCUGCCUAAUGGUUAUGGCUAUCACACCACCAACAGCAGUGGCAACAACAGCAGCAGCAACAACAACAACAACAGCAGCAGCAAUGCUGAGAAGCGACCCUCCAACGCCAGCUUGAAUGGCCAAUUGUUAUCGCACUCGAAAUCCGCGGAUGCGGUGGACAAUGUAACGCUCACAACGACACAUUCCUAUCUGCCACGUCGUCCGCCCGACGGACGCGAAAACGAUGAGCAGCUGCUGCUCAAGGCCCAAGGAGCUGGUGACUCAAGUGGCGGUGGCGAGCUGCAACGUGCCACAUCUGCCGCAGCUGUCAUACUGACUGACAAGGGCACCGCUGCGAGCGCUGAAGCGGUGCAAAUUCAAUCCUCCAAAGAGGCGGGCAAUGGCAAAAUCAACGUACAGGUCACCGUUCUAGUGGACACAAAUAGCACGCAUCAUCAGCAGCAGCACCACCAGCAACAUCUUCAUCAGCAACAUCAACAACAGUUGCAGCAACAUGCGCUGCUGUUGCAACAUCAGCAGCAGCAGCAACAGCAGCAGCAGCAGCAAUAUGUUGCUAUGGAUGCGGGUGCCGUUACUUUAUCAAAUUUGAAAAAGCAACGUUCGCUAUCGCGUACUGCAAAUGUGCUUAACAAUUUCGAACUCUCAUCAACAACAACAACUGCAGCCGCAGCCGCAGCAGCAGCAGCAAGUGCAACAACUGCUACAACAACAACAACUAAUGGUUCUGUUUUAGGAGCCGCCACUACGGUUAAUCACAAUAACAACAACAACAACAAUAACAACAGCAGCGCUAACAAUAAUAACAACAACGGUGCUGGACCAAUUGCCACACAGCCUCUCGGACUCGGUUCAAUGAGUCCCAGUUUGCUGGACUUUGAGGCAGCUGUGCCGGCGGCAGCGGCCAAUGCGAAUUCCGUUAACAAAUUCAGUGGCAUCACCGGCGAUGUGGUCAGCGAUAGCACAAGUUCCGGUCGCAAGUGCUGUGUCCUAAUGUAAAAACAGCAUUAGCACACGGAUAACUGCAGAUAAAAACAGGGUAUUACAAAGGAUUGCCAGCCGUUAAGCUUACCAAAAUUUGUGUGGGGGAAAACAGGGGGUAGGGGAAAUGGGGUAGUUGGAUAAUCUGGCUAAACAUGGGAGGGAUUAUGCGUAUAUAUGUUAUAUAUGUACUUGUUAAUGCAAACAAUUAGCAAUUUUGAAAUGCCUGGCAACAGAAAAUGGAUAGCAAGCAAAAGUGUCUUUUUAUUAGCAUUUUAGUAAAUGAAGGAAUUCAAACAAAGAGAAAUUGAAUUCAAUUGUAAAUGAUAAAUGAUAAAUAAUAAUUGUAAAAUGAUUAAAUGUGUAAUGGGUUCAAUUCUAUGAGCUCUACUUUCGAGAAAACGGCUCAAAGUCGUGGCAUUUUCCUAAGCCAGA